AUGGGAGGUGUAGAGGAUGAUGAACCACCCUCAAAACGUGUGAAAUUAUCCUCUGGAGAAUUGAGGAGCCCGUUGAAUAAUUCAUCUCUUGCAGAGACCCUUACUGGCUCUUCGGGAGACUUGAUGCCUCGACCUCUACCUUCCCAAGGGGACGAACAGAUGGUUGGUACUCAAGGACUUAUUGAAAGAGUGGAAUUUGUCAGGAUCAUUACCAAGGCCUUGUACUCCCUUGGUUAUGACAGGAGUGGGGCUCUUCUGGAGGAAGAGUCAGGGAUACCCUUGCACUCCUCCAUGGUGGAUUUGUUUAGGCAGCAAUUAAUUGAUGGGAACUGGGAUGAGAGUGUGGCUACAUUACACAAAAUUGGUCUUAUUGAUGAAGGAACUGUGAAGUCUGCAUCUUUUUUGAUUUUUGAGUACAAGUUCUUUGAGCUCCUGGACAAGGGAAAAGUCAUGGGUGCUUUGAAGACACUGAGGAUAGAGAUAGAACCUCUUGGAAUUAACAAAAACCGAGUGCAUGAGCUUUCUAUGUGCAUUAUGUCUCUUUCACAGUCUGUGUUACUUGGGUGUUCCAGUCAAGGCAGUGUGAGUGCAAAAUCAAGGUCGAAGCUUGUGGAGAAAUUGCAGAAAUUGCUUCCUCCCAUGGUUAUGAUACCAGAAAGAAGAUUGGAGCAUUUAGUUGAACAGGCUCUUAAUGUGCAAUGUGAAUCUUGUGUUUUCCACAACUCCUUGAGUGGUUCAUUGUCACUGUACUCAGAUCACCAAUGUGAAAAAGAUCAGAUCCCUUCUCAAACACUGCAG